GUAAUUACCUGAAAGAAUCAGAUCUGGAAUGCCCUUUGAUGUUAUGAUUACUUGUACACCUACAAUGUGUGACAUUCAUCUAAGGAUUAAUGGCUCUACUGUAAACUUUUAUGAUAAUUUUCUUCUGGCUUUGACUCCCAGCAGCUGACCAGAAUGUGUUUGAAUUCAUACAGAAAUAAUGUUGAUAUCUGAAACCCAUGUCGAACUUCUAUGAAGAAAGGGCAACAAUGAUUGCAGCUGGGGAUUUGCAGGAAUUUGUUCCUUUCGGUCGAGACCACUGCAAACACCACCCUAAUGCUUUGAACCUUCAGCUUCGGCAGCUGCAGCCAGCCUCUGAGUUGUGGUCGUCUGAUGGUGCUGCUGGCUUGGUGGGAUCCCUGCAGGAAGUUACAAUCCACGAAAAACAGAAGGAAAGCUGGCAGUUAAGGAGAGGCGGAAGUGAAAUUGGAGAAGUGGAUUAUGACGAGGAACUCUAUGUGGCUGGAAAUAUGGUGAUCUGGAGCAAAGGAAGGGCAUUGGCUGUUUACAAGGCCUUUACAGUCGAUAGUCCUGUUCAACAGGCAUUGUGGUGUGACUUCAUUAUAUCACAGGAUAAGUCUGAAAAAGCCUACAGUAGCGCUGAAGUAGAAAAAUGUAUAUGUAUAUUGCAAAGCUCAUGUAUCAACAUGCAUAGCAUAGAAGGAAAGGAUUACAUAGCUUCUUUACCUUUUCAGGUUGCAAAUGUUUGGCCCACCAAAUAUGGAUUGUUGUUUGAACGAAGCAGUUCUUCACAUGAGAUACCUCCAGGUCCACCCAGAGAACCUUUACCCACUUUGUUCAGCAUGCUGCAUCCACUAGAUGAAAUAACUCCACUUGUUUGUAAAUCUGGAAGUCUUUUUGGUUCAUCACGGGUUCAAUACGUUGUAGAUCAUGCGAUGAAAAUAGUUUUUCUCAGCACUGACCCCUCCAUUGUAAUGACCUAUGACACUGUUCAGUGUCUGCAUUCUGUGUGGGUUCUCCGGAGAGUCAAAGCAGAGGAAGAGAAUGCUGUUUUAAAAUUCUCUGAACAGGGGGGCACCCCUCAGAACGUGGCCCCCAGUAACUCCCUCACAGCAAACCUCAGAAGCCUCUCCAAGGGAGACUCCCCCGUGGCCUCGCCUUUCCAGAAUUACUCCUCCAUCCACAGUCAGAGCCGCUCCACCUCCUCGCCCAGCCUGCACUCACGCUCUCCUUCCAUCUCCAACAUGGCGGCUCUAAGUCGUGCUCAUUCCCCUGCUUCAGGAGUGCACUCUUUCACGGGGGUGCAAAGGUUCAACCUUUCAAGCCAUCAUCAAUCUCCAAGGAGACACAGUAUUUCUCAUUCUCCAGAUAGUAAUUCGAAUAGCUCUUUCCUUGCACCAGAAACAGAGCCAAUUGUUCCUGAACUUUGUAUUGACCAUUUAUGGACGGAAGCGAUUACUAAUAUAAGGGAGAAAAAUUCACAGGCCUCAAAAGUGUUUAUUACAUCUGACUUAUGUGGGCAAAAGUUCUUGUGCUUUUUAGUAGAGUCCCAGCUCCAGUUACGCUGUGUAAAGUUUCAAGAGAGUAAUGAUAAGACCCAGCUCAUCUUUGGCUCCAUCACCAACAUACAGGCAAAGGACGCAGCGCCAGUGGAGAAGAUAGACACCAUGCUGGUUCUGGAAAGCAGUGGAAACCUGGUGCUGUACACAGGAGUGGUUCGGGUGGGAAAGGUUUUUAUUCCUGGACUUCCUGCUCCUUCCCUGACAAUGUCCAAUGCGAUGCCUCGGCCCAGCACUCCACUUGACAGCGUCAGCACUCCUACACCUCUGAGUAAACUGCUUGGAACCUUGGAUGAGGUUGUUCUAUUGUCCCCAGUUCCAGAACUAAGGGAUUCUUCAAAACUCCACGAUUCUCUCUAUAAUGAGGACUGCACUUUCCAACAGCUUGGAACUUACAUUCAUUCUAUAAGAGACCCUGUUCGAAACAGAGUGACUCUAGAGCUGAGUAAUGGCUCCAUGGUGAGGAUCACUCUCCCUGAAAUCGCCACGUCUGAAUUAGUACAAACAUGUUUGCAAGCAAUUAAGUUUAUCCUGCCAAAAGAAAUAGCGUUUCAGAUGCUUGUCAAGUGGUACAGUGUCCACAGUGCUCCAGGCGGACCCAGCUAUCACUCAGAGUGGAAUCUGUUUGUGAUUUGUCUCAUGAACAUGAUGGGUUAUAACACAGACCGCUUAGCGUGGACACGAAAUUUUGACUUUGAAGGAUCACUUUCCCCAGUAAUUGCACCCAAAAAAGCAAGGCCUUCUGAGACGGGAUCUGAUGAGGAUUGGGAGUAUUUACUGAAUUCAGACUACCACCAGAAGGUUGAGUCUCAUCUUUUGAACAGAUCUUUAUGUCUGAGUCCUUUGGAAGUUUCUCAGAUAAAGGAUGAGGACUUGUCACAGAAUCUCAGUCUGGAUUCUUCUACACUUCUCUUCUCUCACAUACCUGCAAUGUUUUUUGUUCUUCACCUUGUCUAUGAGGAGCUUAAAUUGAAUACUCUGAUGGGAGAAGGAAUUCAUUCACUUGUUGACCUCCUUGUUCAGUUGGCAAGGGACUUAAAAUUGGAGCCUUACUUAGAUCAUUACUACAGGGAUUACCCAACACUUGUCAGAACUACUGGACAGGUGUGCACAAUUGAUCAAGGUCAAAGAGGGUUUAUGCAUCAUCCAUCAUUUUUUACUUCUGAGCCACCAAGUAUUUACCAGUGGGUGAGUUCUUGUCUGAAGGGUGAAGAAAUGCCACCCUAUCCUUACCUCCCUGGCAUCUGUGAAAGAAGCCGACUUGUAGUUUUGAGUAUUGCGCUCUACAUUCUUGGUGAUGAAAGCUCUGUUUGUGACGAAUCCUCACACUAUUUAUCGAGAAUUUCUCUAGCCCCCCAAAAGUCACAAGCAGAACAAGAGGAAAACAGGUUUAGUUUCAGGCAUUCUCCAUCAGUUUCUAGUCUGGCUGAAAGAUUGGUUGUCUGGAUGGCUAAUGUAGGUUUCACUUUAAGAGACUUGGAAACUCUUCCCUUUGGAAUUGCUCUUCCCAUUAGAGAUGCAAUUUAUCACUGUCGAGAGCAGCCUGCUGCAGACUGGCCAGAGGCUGUGUGUCUCUUGAUUGGACGCCAGGACCUAUCCAAGCAGGCCUGUGAAGGAAACUUACCCAAAGGGAAAUCUGUGCUCUCAUCAGAUGUUCCUUCAGGAACAGAGACUGAGGAGGAAGAUGAUGGCAUGAACGAUAUGAAUCAGGAAGUUAUGUCACUCAUAUGGAGUGAAGAUUUAAGGGUGCAGGACGUGCGGAGGCUUCUUCAAAGUGCGCAUCCUGUCCGUGUCAAUGUGGUGCAGUACCCAGAGCUCAGUGACCAUGAGUUCAUUGAGGAGAAGGAAAACAGAUUGCUCCAGUUGUGCCAGCGAACUAUGGCCCUUCCAGUAGGACGAGGGAUGUUUACCUUGUUUUCAUACCAUCCUGUUCCAACGGAACCAUUGCCUAUUCCUAAGUUGAAUUUGACAGGGCGCGCCCCUCCUCGGAACACAACAGUAGACCUUAACAGUGGGAACAUUGAUGUGCCUCCCAACAUGACAAGCUGGGCCAGUUUUCAUAAUGGUGUGGCUGCCGGACUGAAGAUAGCCCCGGCCUCCCAGAUCGACUCCGCGUGGAUUGUUUACAAUAAGCCCAAGCAUGCUGAGUUAGCCAAUGAGUAUGCUGGCUUCCUCAUGGCCCUGGGACUGAAUGGGCACCUCACCAAGCUGGCCACUCUCAAUAUCCACGACUAUCUGACGAAGGGUCAUGAAAUGACAAGCAUUGGACUAUUACUUGGUGUUUCUGCUGCUAAGCUGGGCACUAUGGAUAUGUCCAUUCCCGCUCUCUUACCUCCGACGUCCACAGAGCUUGAUGUUCCUCACAAUGUCCAGGUGGCUGCGGUGGUCGGCAUUGGCCUUGUAUAUCAAGGGACAGCUCACAGGCAUACUGCCGAAGUCCUGCUGGCUGAAAUAGGAAGGCCCCCUGGUCCUGAGAUGGAAUACUGCACCGACAGAGAGUCCUACUCGUUAGCUGCUGGCUUGGCCCUGGGCAUGGUCUGCUUGGGGCACGGCAGUAACUUGAUAGGUAUGUCUGACCUCAAUGUGCCUGAGCAGCUUGAAGGAGAUACCAUAAAUGUGGAUGUAACUUGUCCUGGUGCCACUCUUGCUUUGGCUAUGAUCUACUUAAAAACCAAUAACAGGUCCAUUGCCGACUGGCUUCGAGCUCCCGACACUAUGUAUUUGCUGGACUUUGUGAAACCAGAGUUCCUCUUGCUUCGGACACUUGCUCGAUGCCUGAUUUUGUGGGAUGAUAUUUUACCAAAUUCCAAGUGGGUUGAUAGCAAUGUUCCUCAGAUUAUAAGAGAAAAUAGUAUCUCUCUCAGUGAAAUUGAAUUGCCUUGCUCAGAGGAUUUGAAUUUGGAAACUUUGUCGCAGGCACAUGUCUACAUAAUUGCAGGAGCCUGUUUGUCCCUGGGUUUUCGAUUUGCUGGCUCAGAAAACUUAUCAGCAUUUAACUGUUUGCAUAAAUUUGCAAAAGAUUUUAUGACUUACUUGUCUGCACCUAAUGCUUCUGUGACAGGUCCUUACAACCUGGAGACAUGCCUGAGUGUGGUGCUGCUGUCUCUGGCCAUGGUUAUGGCUGGCUCGGGGAACCUAAAGGUUUUGCAGCUUUGUCGUUUCUUGCACAUGAAAACAGGUGGUGAAAUGAACUAUGGUUUCCACUUAGCCCAUCACAUGGCCCUUGGAAUUCUAUUUCUGGGAGGAGGAAGGUACUCGCUGAGCACCUCAAACUCCUCCAUCGCUGCUCUCCUCUGUGCCCUUUACCCACACUUCCCAGCUCACAGCACUGACAAUCGGUAUCACCUCCAGGCUCUGCGGCACCUGUACGUGCUGGCUGCAGAACCGCGGCUGCUGGUGCCUGUGGAUGUGGACACAAACACCCCCUGCUAUGCCCUCUUAGAAGUUACCUAUAAGGGCACUCAGUGGUAUGAGCAAACCAAAGAAGAACUGAUGGCUCCCACCCUUCUUCCCGAGCUCCAUCUUUUAAAGCAGAUUAAAGUUAAAGGUCCACGAUACUGGGAACUGCUCAUAGAUUUAAGCAAGGGAACGCAGCACUUAAAGUCAAUCCUUUCCAAGGAUGGGGUUUUAUAUGUGAAGCUUAGAGCAGGCCAGCUCUCCUACAAGGACGAUCCAAUGGGAUGGCAGAGCCUGUUGGCCCAGACGGUUGCUAACAGGAACUCGGAAGCUCGGGCUUUCAAGCCUGAAACAAUUUCAGCAUUCACUUCUGAUCCAGCACUUCUGUCAUUUGCUGAGUAUUUUUGCAAACCCACUGUGAACAUGGGUCAGAAGCAGGAACUUCUGGACCUGUUUUCGUCAGUGCUCUACGAGUGCGUUACUCAGGAGACCCCGGAGAUGCUGCCUGCAUACAUAGCAAUGGAUCAGGCUGUAAGAAGACUGGGAAGACGAGAAAUGUCUGAGACAUCUGAACUUUGGCAAAUAAAGUUGGUGUUGGAGUUUUUCAGCUCCAGAAGCCAUCAGGAGCGGCUGCAGACCCACCCAAAGCGAGGGCUCUUCAUGAACUCUGAGUUCCUGCCCGUCGUGAAAUGUUCUAUUGAUAACACCCUGGACCAGUGGCUACAAGCUGGGGGUGAUGUGUGCCUGCAUGCCUAUCUCAGUGGGCAGCCCUGGGAAGAGUCUCAGCUGAGUAUGCUGGCCUGUUUCCUUGUCUACCACUCGGUACCAGCUCCGCGGCACCUGCCAUCAGUAGGACUGGAAGGGAGCACAAGCUUUGCGGAACUACUCUUCAAAUGCAAGCAGCUGAAAAUGCCUGUACGAGCUUUGCUAAGAUUGGCUCCUUUGCUUCUUGGAAACCCACAGCCAAUGGUUAUGUGAUUGCCUCUGGUGGAAAAACUGUCCUGCAAUGUGACUUCUGCACAAAAACAUGACCAAACAACACAGCUAAAGAAACAUUUGUAAGUGUUAUAAUAUAAUCAGGGGAAAUGAGCUGCACAAACCUCAAUGUAUUUUAAAACCUUAGUGUUUUAAAUAUUCUAGACUGUUGCUGUCAGCAUUAACACAUGAUCUAUAAAAGUGAGUUAGAAUUUACUUUUUUAAAUAAAGUUUUUUGGUUUGUUUUCAGAA